AUGACAACUAGAUCUUUCGAGCAGAAGCAAGAACAGAGGACUUCUGAAGAAAUGGUUAGGAUUUGUGCACAUAGGCAAACGGGAGCGAUUUCAGAUCAAAAGCAAAAAAGAGAGACCGGAACUAUUUUCCAGAAGCAAGAAGAGGCUAGUGCUUCCACGAAGAAGGGAGAGGAACUAUCUGGGACUGCUUACCAGGAGAUAACUGUGAUGUCAGGACAAAAACCGGAAAAAGGAGAUUUAAAUCCUGAGCAAAAACAUAAAGCUACAAUUUCAGUGCAGAAAGAAGAAAAAGUAGCUGGAUAUUCUAUGCAAAAGCAAGAAGAAGCAGUUAGAAUUUCCGCACUAGAAAAAAGAGGAAGUAUUAUAAAGAAAAAAGACAGAAAAAUUAGAACUUCCGAUCAGAGGAAAGAAGCAACUAGUGAGACUAUCAGACGGGAAAAGCAAGGAACAGCUGAAACUUCAGAUCAGCAACAAGGACUGAGAGCUGGAACUUCAUGUCAAAAACAAAAAGGAAUAGUAAGAACUCCUGCGCACAGACAAGAAAAGACGAUCGGAAUUCUGACACGAAAACAAGAUUCUGUGCAGAAACAAGAAACCGUAACUAAAACUUUAAUACAAAAAAAAGAAAGAGUACCUGAAGUUGAUGCUCAGAAGCAAGAAUUAGCAACCAGGAUUCCGAAAGAGAAGAAAAAAGGGAUACCUACAACUUCGGUCAAGAGCCAAGAAAGUGCCACUCGGACUCUGGGGCAAAAGCAAGAAAGAAUAACUGAAACUCCAGUUCAUAAGGAAGGAAGAAUACCUAUACAAAAACAGGAAAGGACAACUGGAACCCCGGUGCAGAAGCAAGGAGGAACUCCAAUGCAGGAAAGGGUAGCUGCGCAGAAGCAGCGAAAAGCGACUAUGACCCUGGUGCAAAAGCAAGGAGGAACAACUGAAACUCUGACGCAGAAGCAAACAACAAUUGGAAUUGUAGAUCAGAAGCAGGAAGAAACAACAUUUCAAACUCCAGUGCAGAAGAAACAAACAGCACUCCGAACUCCAGUACAGAAGGAAAGAGCAUCACUCGAAACUCCUGUGCAGAAGGAAGAAACAUCACUCGGAACUCCGGUGCAGAAGGAAGAAACAUCACUCGGAACUCCGGUGCAGAAGGAAGAAACAUCACUCGGAACUCCGGUGCAGAAGGAAGAAACAUCACUCGGAACUCCAGUACAGGAGGAAGAAACAUCACUCGGAACUCCGGUGCAGAAGGAAGAAACAUCACUCGGAACUCCGGUGCAGAAGGAAGAAACAUCACUCGGAACUCCGGUGCAGAAGGAAGAAACAUCACUCGGAACUCCAAUACAGAAGGAAGAAACAUCACUCGAAACUCCGGUGCAGAAGGAAGAAACAUCAUUCGGAACUCCAAUACAGAAGGAAGAAAUAUCACUCGAAACUCCGGUGCAGAAGGAAGAAACAUCACUCGAAACUCCGGUACAGAAGGAAGAAACAUCAUUCGGAACUCCAAUACAGAAGGAAGAAACAUCACUCGAAACUCCGGUGCAGAAGGAAGAAACAUCAUUCGGAACUCCAAUACAGAAGGAAGAAACAUCACUCGAAACUCCGGUGCAGAAGGAAGAAACAUCACUCGAAACUCCGGUGCAGAAGGAAGAAACAUCACUCGAAACUCCGGUGCAGAAGGAAGAAAUAUCAUUCGGAACUCCGGUGCAGAAGGAAGAAACAUCACUCGAAACUCCGGUGCAGAAGGAAGAAAUAUCAUUCGGAACUCCGGUGCAGAAGGAAGAAACAUCACUCGAAACUCCGGUGCAGAAGGAAGAAAUAUCAUUCGGAACUCCGGUGCAGAAGGAAGAAACAUCACUCGAAACUCCGGUGCAGAAGGAAGAAACAUCACUCGGAACUCCAGUACAGGAGGAAGAAACAUCACUCGAAACUCCGGUGCAGAAGGAAGAAACAUCAUUCGGAACUCCGGUACAGGAGGAAGGAACAUCAUUCGGAACUCCAAUGCAGAAGGAAGAAACAUCACUCGAAACUCCGGUGCAGAAGGAAGAAACAUCACUCGGAACUCCGGUACAGAAGGAAGAAACAUCACUCGAAACUCCGGUGCAGAAGGAAGAAACAUCACUCGAAACUCCGGUGCAGAAGGAAGAAACAUCACUCGAAACUCCGGUGCAGAAGGAAGAAACAUCACUCGGAACUCCGGUGCAGAAGGAAGAAACAUCUGAGACUCCUGCACAGAUACAAGGAGCAACUAAAAAUGCUGCGGAAAUGCAAGAAUCAGAUGAAAAACUUCCGGAUAGCUCAAAAAAUAAGAAAUUUAAAAGAGUGUCUACCGCAGGUCUAUUGCAAAUUGAACAGACCGUGAGUUACGUACAACAGGAAGCACAGUUAAUGCAAACCGAAAUGCAAAUUAUAGAAGGUCUUGGUGGACAUCUUCAUAAUCAAGUUCCUCAACAAUAUGGAUCUGUUCCUGUUGUUCCAUUUCCGCAACAAACUGGGAUACAAAUUGUAGAAGCUCCUGUGUAUAGACCGCUUUCCGCCCCGCCAUAUCUAGUACAACCUGAAAUGCAAAUGGUAGAGACUCGUGCAGGACCGCUAUACAGCCAAGUUCCACAACAGUAUGAGCCGGUGCCUUUCCAAUCAUAUUCAGCACAACCCGAAAUGCAAAUGGUAGAGACUCGUGCAGGACCGCUAUACAGCCAAGUUCUACAGCCACAACAAUAUGGACCUUUUCCUGUCAUACCGCAAUUCCCUCAUCCUGUCCCUAAUUUAUCUGUACAGCCAGUGGCAAGGAUUCCCGCACAGCCGUUACCCAGUCAAGUCGUACCGCAAUUUCCUCAGGCAGUUCCUGGAAUGCCUACUCAGCCAAUAACAGGAACAGGGCCAUUACCUGGUCAAGUCGUACCGCAAUUUCCUCAGGCAGUUCCUGGAAUGCCUACACAGCCAAUAACAGGAACAGGGCCAUUACCUGGUCAAGUCGUACCGCAAUUUCCUCAGGCAGUUCCUGGAAUGCCUACACAGCCAAUGACAGGGACAGGGCCAUUACCUGGUCAAGUCGUACCGCAAUUUCCUCAGGCAGUUCCUGGAAUGCCUACACAGCCAAUGACAGGAACAGGGCCAUUACCUGGUCAAGUCGUACCGCAAUUUCCUCAGGCAGUUCCUGGAAUGCCUACACAGCCAAUGACAGGAACAGGGCCAUUACCUGGUCAAGUCGUACCGCAAUUUCCUCAGGCAGUUCCUGGAAUGCCUACACAGCCAAUGACAGGAACAGGGCCAUUACCUGGUCAAGUCGUACCGCAAUUUCCUCAGGCAGUUCCUGGAAUGCCUACACAACCAAUAACAGGAACAGGGCCAUUACAUGGUCAAGUAUCGAAAUUCUCCCAGCCAGUUCCUGGAUUACCUGCACAGCCCAUGGCAAGAAUUUCUGAAUCUGGUCAAGUUUUACAGCAAUUUGAUGCAUCUCAUUCAGGGCAGUUUCAGGCAGCAACCAGACCAUUUAUUCCGGUUUCGGGAUAUGCUCAAUGUAACUUCCAGACAUCAUCAUCUAGAACAUUUCCUGAAAGUGAUGCGCAGCAGUUUCUUGAUCAAAUCCAACAUCAAAGUAAUGGUUCCAGAAAGCAAGAGCACAAGCAGCAUGAUUAUAAGGUUGAUGGGCUUGUGGUUACCGAGGUAACUCUCCAGUUGUGUGAACCGACAAUCACUCUCUCUGUAGCGCGCGAUAAGCCAACAGAUCCAAAAAUAGAUCCUGAAAAGAAGAAUGGAACAGAAAAAAAAACAGAGAGGGAGCUAACAACCCAUGUCGAGUUCAUUUAUGGUCAGAAUUCUAUGAUGCGAGUUGAAGUACCCGGAACAGAAGGUACCUGGCAGCAACCGAAAAUCAAGCUAUGGCCACGUUCUAGGAAGCAUCGCCGAGACAAAUUGGUGAUUAGACACCAAGCUCAAAUGAUUGAAGAACUUUUUCUACACGGACCAUCUGAUUUGAAGAAUUCAGCAGUGGGAUGUUCAGAUGAAAAAUUAGAGGCAUCUUUGGAAAAUAUGCCACAGAAAGUUUUGAUUAAAAUUUUCGAACUUAUCGCUAAAGAGCAAAAUAAUAAUCCAAACAUCAGCGUUUAUAAUAUGUAUCGAUUAAAAUUGGUAUGCAGACGAUUUAACGAUGUGUUGGAAAACAAUACGAAGGUAUUACCACGAUAUGAAGUUUGUGGACUUCGGAUACAGUCAAAAAAAGUAGGCCCCCUUGGCUACUUUGCAAUGGUUUAUCGUUACGGUACAGGUGCUUUCGAACCUCCAUGCGCUUGUUUGGAUUUAACUGAUAUUCCAUCAUUCUUGAGGCAUGACAUAAUAAAUGGCUUUAUAUACAUAGAUAAAAUGGAACUUACAGAUAGGCUCUUCAUAACGUUGAAUGAACUGACUUAUGCUGAAAAUGUACAAAAAAUAGUCUUUUCUAAAAUUAAUUCGGUCAAUCUUACUCCUGAAAGUGGAAUUUGCACAUUUUUGGAUAAGUUUCCCAACUUGUUGGAUCUGUGGUUCUUCGGUUAUUAUGAAGAGAGUGAACUUGGCCUUGAUCAUAGUCAAGUGGUGAUGCAGAUGCAGAGAAGUGAGCGUGGAAAUGGAAUUCUUACGCGAAAAGAUAUGGAAAGUAUGAUAGAACGAUUGAAAUACAAAAGAAAAAAGCGAAUUAAACGAUCUGGAAUGAGAGCAGCAGUUCAGAAGAAAGAAGCAAUUCAAAGUAAGACAAGAUAUAUUCAAAAUAAAACAGGAAUUCGAAACAAAGCAGGAGAUCAAAGCAAAACAAGAGUUCAGAGCAAAAUAGAAGUUCAAAGUAAAGAAAGAACACAAAGCAAAAAGAAGAAUUCGAAAUGA